GGACUAUCCUCUGUGGCGGAGGGCGACGCACGCAGACCCGCGGAUGUAUACGUUAUUAGGGGACGCUCAUGUACUCGAGCUCUGCACUUACGUCAAGCUGAGCUGUAAACAGGAGUCAGCGGGAGAUGCUGGCUCACCGAUGAACAAUAAAGGCAUACAUGGAAUAUUAUUUCCUUUAGUUUGUGCUUUCCAAGGAAAAAGGAAGCGCUGUAUACAGAAAAAAGACUCUCGCUGACCUUCUGGUGUUGAAGCACCUAAGAAGGCAAAGCGGACCGUGCAGUGCAGAAGAGCUGCAUCUGUCCGUCUUUAUGGAUGUUCAGGAUCUCCGCGCAUCACCGCUCCAGCUGAGCUUCGGAACUGUGAAGGAUUCUGACAGCAGUCGAUGGAACGGCUGCUCAUUGUGACGACACAGAGCUGCCGAACGGUUCUAAUUCCGCUGGCGGUUACGAGCGAGCGUCACGUUACCGUCAGUCCUGUAACUCCGUGACCGCGCUCAGCGCCUAAUAAUGGUAUAUUUAGGCUCCGUUGUCAUCCAUUUUUGUUUAUUUGUGACCUUUCUUUGCCAGCCCUAGCAUGGGCAACACAGACACCGUGCUCCUCAUCACCGUACCCGAGUCUGCUAACGGCGUUAACGUUACACCGCAGCGGCAGAGCCGGUGGAGGGGCUUGUUUCGCUGCCUGCUUUGUCCUGCCUUGAUGUGGACUGACACCAUGUAGCUUCGUCAGCCUGGCAGUUGAAUUUGACGACUGGCUUCAAGAGAAAUACGAGGCAAGCGCAGAGGGAAGAGGUUACAGCCAGCCGGCUCGCUAACUAGGUCGGAAAAUGACAGCUAGGUCAGGAAACUAGCUAGCUUAGCUUACAGCGCUCACUGUGUGCAGCCCGACCUGCUGCUGCUGCAGCGGGCUAACCUAGCUGCCUUAGCGGGGUGUAAACGGACGUUAACCCUGCUUACAGUUUUAUUGCAGAAGUCUAGUCAGGUCUGGUAGUAUUAGCUGCUGCUGUGACACUUCUGAAGAAUAUUUAAUUUAAUACUGAAAAGCCAGACAGCACUGUAGCUUAUUAUUAUUAUUAUUAUUAUUAUUAUUAUACAACAUUACUGUUGUUGUUAUUGUUAGCAUUGCUGAAGCCAUAGUGGGUCUGUGUAAAUGGGAGCUGUCUAGCCUUGAGGUAACGUUAUCAUAUCUGGGAUGAGCAGGUUGGCUGAGCCAGCCAGAGCUUGAAACUGCCCAGCUCUCCGUCAGAAACUGCUCUUCUGCAUCACUACAUCUUCUGCACUCAGUCAGCAAUGGAGACCGUGGGAGACUUUGAGUACAGUCGAAAAGACCUCGUUGGACACGGAGCCUUCGCGGUUGUUUUCAAGGGAAGACAUAAAAAGAAGACAGACUGGGAGGUUGCGAUCAAGAGCAUUAACAAAAAGAACCUCUCCAAAUCCCAAAUUCUGCUUGGGAAGGAAAUAAAAAUUUUGAAGGAACUGCAGCAUGAGAACAUUGUAGCGCUCUAUGAUGUCCAGGAAACGCCAAAUUUUGUGUUUCUGGUAAUGGAGUAUUGCAAUGGAGGGGAUCUUGCAGACUAUUUACAAGCCAAGGGUACCCUGCGAGAGGACACCCUGAGGGUCUUUUUGCAGCAGAUAGCUGCAGCCAUGCGCAUCCUAAACAGCAAGGGAAUCAUUCACCGGGACCUCAAACCCCAGAACAUCCUCCUGUCCUACACUGGCCGCAAGAAAUCCAGCAUCAAUGGCAUCCGUAUUAAAAUUGCUGACUUUGGCUUCGCACGAUAUCUUCAGAGUAACAUGAUGGCAGCUACGCUGUGUGGAUCGCCUAUGUACAUGGCUCCAGAAGUGAUAAUGUCCCAGAACUAUGAUGCCAAAGCAGACCUGUGGAGCAUUGGGACUGUUAUUUAUCAGUGCCUCGUUGGGAAGCCACCCUUUCAGGCAAACAGCCCGCAAGACCUGAGGAUGUUCUAUGAGAAAAACAAGACUCUGGUGCCAAACAUCCCAAGGGAGACAUCUCCUCAGCUUGCAGAUCUGCUGCUGGGCCUACUGCAGAGGAACCAGAAGGACCGAAUGGAUUUUGAUACAUUCUUCAGCCAUCCCUUCCUGGAGCAAUCAUCGACUAUUAAAAAAUCAUGCCCUGUACCGGUGCCUGUGUGUCCCAGCUCAGUCUCGGACAGCACCUGUGGCAGCUCGCCGUCCUGCCGUUACGUCUCUCCUCCGUCAUUGCCAGACAUGCAGACGUUGCCCGAGGAUGUGCUUUCCUCGCCCCCUCUAGGCCCUCCCAACUACCUGCAGCUGUCCAAAGAGUCCGGCGGCAGCACCAGUAGCAAAAACUCCUCCUGUGACACAGACGACUUUGUGUUGGUGCCCCACCUUUCAGGAGAACAGUCUUAUGAUCUGCCAAUGGGGGCCACUGGCCGCAGGCCGUCCAGCGAGUUUUUGCUGUGUGGAGGGCAGCCACAGCCCUCCUCGGGCCAGACACCGAUGGUGUCUCCUCGGGCUGAGACCACCCCUAUCCCCGUACCCACGCAGGUGCGCAACUACCAGCGCAUCAAGCAGAACCUCUCCAGCAGCCCUACCACCACCCUCUACGGCUCUCCCAGGUCAGGUACAGUGCGACGCUCCAACACCAGCCCCAUGGGCUUUCCUAAAGCUUCCUCCGGCUCUCCCAGCCCAGCUGAUGCUGCCCAGACUGUGGGCAGAAGACUCUCCACAGGCAGCUCCCGGCCGUACUCGCCUUCUCCACUGGUGGGCACAAUUCCUGAACAGCUGGGCCACUGCUGCUGUGGACAUCCCCACAGCCACGAGGCGCGGAGCCGCAGCUCCUCUGGUGGUUCUCCUGUGCCCUCAUCUCAGUUGCUUGGAGCCAGGCUCCAGAGUGCACCUACCCUGACAGAUGUCUACCAGAACAAGCAGAAGCUGCACAAGCAGCUUUCUGAUCCUGUGCAGCCCACCUCCCUAGCGUACCCUCCCACCCACUCACCACAGCUCGGACGUCCCGGCAACCUGGGCACUUCACCCACAAAGCACCUGGGCUCCUCUCCUCGCACCUCUGAUUGGCUACAGAAGUCCCCCCUGCCUACCAUCAUUGGGUCACCGACCAAAACAACGGCUCCUUUCAAAAUCCCUAAAACCCAGGCCUCAUGCAACCUCAUGGCCUUGGCCUCUCAGCAGGGGAUAGCAGAUAGCACUACUCCCAGCAAGGCACUGAUGGACGCCCGUGAUAUCUGUGCUCACCACUGCUCCCCAUAUCCCAGUGGCCGCCAGUCGGCUCCAGAGGCCAGCAAAACUACCUUUGGAAGGUCUGUGAGUACAGGUCGUUUGUCAGAGCAGCCUGUGCGAAUCACUUUGGGAGGUCAGGCGUACCAAGGCAGCACAGACAGUCUAAACACAGAGAGACCUAUGGACAUAGCCCCUGCAGGGUCCUGUGGUAUGGCAGCAGGUGGAGCAAGUCCCCGCACUGUGGUGUUCACAGUGGGCUCACCCCCCAACAGCAGCACCCCUCCCACCUGCAGCCAUCUGGCCACUCGCCCACGCACCACCUCAGUAGGCUCCAACAGUUCAGGUGGCUCGCUGUGCUCCACCAGUGGGAAGGUGUGUAUGGGCUCUCCUCCGGGUAUGGCCAUUGGCAGUUCCCCUCCCGGGGCAGAGGCAGCCCCCAGCAGCCUGCGCUACGUCCCCUAUGGCACCUCUCCACCAAGCCUGGAUGGCUUCAUCACUUUCGAGGCCCCCGAGUUGCCUGAGGAGACACUGAUGGAGCGAGAGCACACAGACACACUCAUGCACCUGCGGAUGAUGCUGUCCUUUACGGACUGUGUGUUGGAGAUGGCUGCUGUAAGGGCAGGAGGGGCAGACCUAGGUGUUUCUGCAGCCUCACUUUACCCUCCCCAGGAGAGUGUGGUGGUGGACCAGAUCAGCCAGCUCAGCAAAGAAUGGGGGCAAGUGGAGCAGUUGGUGUUGUACAUGAAGGCUGCUCAACUGCUGGCCUCCUCUUUGCACCUGGCCAAGGCCCAGAUCAAGUCUGCAAAGCUCAAUCCCUCCACCGCUGUCAAACAAGUGGUCAAAAGCCUGAAUGAGCGCUACAAGAGCUGCAUCUCUCUGUGUCGUCGCCUCACGGACAAACUCAACCACUUUUUCUCGGACAAGCAGCGCUUUGUGGAUGAAAUUAACAGCGUGACGGCCGAGAAACUCAUAUACAACCACGCUGUGGAGAUGGUGCAGUCGGCAGCACUGGAUGAGAUGUUCCAGCAGACUGAGGACAUUGCCUAUCGCUACAGCAAAGCUGCCAUGUUAUUGGAGGGCCUCAGCAAGAUCCUGCAGAACCCGGCAGAUAUAGAAAAUGUUACAAAGUAUAAGGCGAGCGUCGACCGUCGGAUCUCUGCAUUGUGUUACUGCACUGUCACACUGUACGAGUAGCAGCCACACACCACCCCUGGCCCAUUGGCCCCAGGGACCACCCUCCUCUCAGCUCACUCAAUCCAGAGGACCUCCUCGAUCCCACUUCUUCAAUUUCGUAGCAGUCAAGGCACUUUCCAUUUUUAAUUACUCCUCUUUUUCAUGGACCCAUCAGAGACAAGUAUUAUUUUUUUCAUAAAGGACAAAUGUUUGAGAGGGACCUGUGCACAAAUUCACUACCAAAGAUGAAAUGUAUCAAUAGACAUUUUAUUGUCAAGAAAGUGGCAUUGGACUCCUUACUGGCUAGAGCCGUCUCUUGUUUGUUUUUACAGUUUUCUUUAAUUCACUGCACAACACAAGGGAACUUAGAAGAUCCAAGAACUUUCAGCUGUUUUUCUCUUUUUACACGGAGAAUCGGGCUCAGCGCCCAGCAGCAAGACUGAGCGAACAUUAUAAUGCAAAUCAAAGUUCCUUUGGAAAGAAAACAAUUUUUUUUUGCAAUGACUUGUUUUUAUACUGUAAUCUGUGACACUGUUGCAAUUAUUUAUUGGUUUUAGGAGGAUAUCAUAGUGUUGAAAUGUUAAGUUAGGAUGCUUUUCAUGUUAAAUGAGGGCUUGAGAGGUAGUUAGACCCAUGACGGACUGUAGUUAUAGUAAUAGUGAAACCCACAAACAUACAAGACAAUUGCGCCAAACUCACUCGCACAUGUUCACUCUGCACCUCUCGCAAGUUGUCUUUAGCACGGUAGCCUGAGAUUUUUAAUGUAAUCAGAUUCUGUGUUGUUUUUUUGUUUUUUGUUUUAAAUCAAAUGCACUUUAUUGACACAGAAGCGGAGAGGACUUUGUUCCGGAAAGCUUGGGAACGAGAAGCUCAUGCAAGGUGAUUAGAGAGAAGCAGAAACAAUGAAUACAGAUGUUAGACUCUGGGAGACAAUGCUCUGCAUGGCAGUGAAGACCACAAUAAGGACAAAAACGUCUCCUGCGUGGGGUUGAAGAGGCUUCCUAGCUCUCUGUGAUCAGGGUCAUAUACAGGUUGAACACAGCCACAAGGUUCAUCAACAAUAACGGUCAAAAUACUUGAGUAGUUACUUACCUUUUCAUUUGAAUCGUCAAUAUUGAAACAAGCUUUUUUAUGUUCAUAUUAAUACUGUAGCUUUUUUUUUUUACAAACUGAUGUUUGCGAUAUGUAAAUAUUUAAGUAUUUGUACUUGCAUGUGUGAUGUUUGUUUUGGUUUUUGUCCCUGAAUGAAUGCGUUCGAGCACUGCGUGUGAUCGGUGGUGGAAGGCGCUGGCAUAGGACAUCCCUCCAGUCAACCCAAGAGCACAAGUCCUUCUUUUUGUAAUUUGUGGUUUGAUACUUGCCCACUACUGCCACAAGUCUCCGCUCAAAGUCUUUAUGAGGCCCUCCAGAAAAACAAGAAACCUCACGUUUGUCUUUGCAUGGCAGCUCUAGAAGUAACUGCUCUCUAUAACGAACGUCCAUUUAGGGAGCAGAAAACAGAUACGAAGUAGACGUGAUGCUUUUCCCUGGCCAUGCGCUGUGCUCGGGACAGUGUUUGCAGUGUGACCGCACUACUGAGGUGCACUGAAGGCCAGUUUCAAGAAACUGAACAACUGAAGGCACUACAAGAGUAGGCUGCUUUCACCUGUACAUGUGUUAAUAUGUCGCCCCCAAGUGUUCUAUACCAGCACUGGCAGAGAUGCUGAGAGGCUGUCUCCAGUGUGCUCUUCUUUACUAGGAGUUUGUGCUUGAUUAUGUUUUGUUCUUCUGCCCCCUUGUGAGCCUUCACCUUCACAAAGCCUUUAUUGUACAGAAAAUGGCUCUUUUUAUAAUAUCCUGUCAUAUAUGGACAUAUCUCCAUAGUGUGUGGAUGACACUCCCUCGCCCACCUCAGAGACCUGUGUAUAGAGGACAUUCUGUUAGAAUUGACUGGUACUGAACAUGGGUCAUACCUGUGGAAUUGUAGAAUGUAUCUGCCCUGUCUUUAGCACCUUUCCUGUUUCAAAUGAAUACGUAAACCCGGCCCACCGUGGCCCAUCUGAUGCGAUACGGCCUUUAUAACUGAAGUUCAAAGCUACUGUUUUGUUUUUUUUUUUGUUUUUUUUUGUUUGUUUUUUUCAAUGAGAAAUUACGUUAAUUGAUGUUUCAUCCAGACCAAUUUUUUUUUUUUUUCUGGAACUCUAGAACAACAGCCUUUCUUUAUUAAACAGAUUCAUUUGAGACUA